GUCAUUCACGAGAGACAGACUGUGUGUAUUAGGGACAGAAAAUCACUACUCAGGGACACAGAAUUCGUUCCUCAGGGACACAGAAUCGUUACUCAGGGACACAGAAAUGUUACUCAGGGGACACAGAAUUGGUUUACUCAGGGACACAGAAUCGUUACUCAGGGACAGACACCAGAGUUGUUACUCAGGGACACAGAAAUUGUUUACCUCCAGGGACAACAGAACUCUGUUACUCAGGGACACAGAAUUAUGUUAACUCCAGGUACAAACAGAAAUGUAUUACUCAUGGGACACUGACUUGUUAAUGAUGGGACACAGAAUCGUUCACUCAGGGACACCAGAAAUUGAUACUCAGGCGACACAGAAAGAAUUAGUUACUGAGACACCACAGAAUCUGUUACUCAGGGACACAGAAUUCGUUACUUCCAGGGACACCAGACUUGUUAUCCAGGGA